GGCCCAGACAAAACAAAGGUGAAUAAAGAGAAAAUGUCUGUAAGAAAUCGAAUGUCCAAGUCCAGUGAAAACCCUGAGGAAGAUGAAGACCCGAGAAACCCUACAAAGGAGUCACUAGAGACACAUAGAAAUGGUCGAAUUGACAUAAAACAGUUGAUAGCCAAGAAGAGACAGUUGGCUGCAGAGGCAGAGGAAUUAAAGCCACUUUUUAUGAAGGAAGUUGGCAGUCACUUUGAUGAUUUUGUGACAAAUCUCAUUGAAAAGUCUGCAUCCUUAGACAAUGGUGGGUGUGCCCUCACAACUUUUUCCAUUCUUGAAGAAAUGAAAAACAACCACAGAGCUAAAGAUUUCAGAGCACCUCCAGAACAAGGAAAGAUUUUUAUUGCAAGGAGAUCUCUUUUAGAUGAGCUGUUUGAAGUGGACCACAUCAGAACAAUAUAUCACAUGUUUAUUGCCCUCCUCAUUCUCUUUAUCCUCAGCACACUAGUGGUAGAUUACAUCGAUGAAGGAAGACUGGUACUUGAGUUCAAUCUCCUGUCUUAUGCUUUUGGUAAAUUUCCUACUGUUGUUUGGACAUGGUGUAUCAUGUUCCUAUGCACACUUUCAAUUCCCUAUUUCCUGUUUCAACAUUGGGCCAAUGGUUACAGCAAGAGUUCUCAUCCAGUGAUCUAUUCUUUUGUCCCUGGCUUGAUAUUCAUGGUCUUCCAGCUUGGAAUUCUAGGGUUUGGACCAACAUAUGUUGUAUUAGCAUACACACUACCGCCAGCUUCUCGGUUCAUUGUUAUACUUGAACAGAUUCGUUUGAUAAUGAAGGCUCACUCAUUUGUCAGAGAAAACGUGCCCCGGGUACUGCAUGCAGCUAAGGAGAAGUCAAGCACGGUUCCAACACCCACAGUCAACCAGUACUUGUACUUCUUGUUUGCUCCUACCCCUAUCUACCGUGACAGCUAUCCCAGAACUCCCACUGUGAGAUGGGGUUAUGUUGCUAUGCAGUUUGCACAGGUUUUUGGUUGUCUAUUUUACGUGUACUAUUUUGAGAGACUCUGCGCCCCCUUGUUUCAGAAUAUCAAACAAGAGCCCUUCAGUGCUCGUGUUCUGGUCCUGUGUGUAUUUAACUCCAUCUUGCCAGGUGUGCUGAUACUGUUCCUUGCUUUUUUUGCUUUUCUGCAUUGCUGGCUCAAUGCCUUUGCUGAGAUAUUACACUUUGGUGACAGGAUGUUUUAUAAGGAUUGGUGGAACUCCACAUCAUACUCUAACUAUUAUAGGACCUGGAAUGUGGUGGUCCAUGACUGGCUAUACUACUAUGCCUACAAGGACCUUCUCUGGUUUUUCUCGAAGAGGUUCAAGUCUGCUGCCAUGCUGGCUGUCUUUGCCAUAUCUGCUGUGGUGCAUGAAUAUGCCCUCGCUGUUUGCUUGAGCUAUUUCUACCCAGUGCUCUUUGUGCUCUUCAUGUUCUUUGGAAUGGCUUUCAACUUCAUUGUUAAUGAUAGUCGGAAAAGGCCAAUUUGGAACAUUAUGGUCUGGGCUUCCCUUUUCUUGGGCAAUGGAGUCAUUUUGUACUUUUAUUCUCAAGAAUGGUAUGCACGUCAGCACUGUCCUCUGAAAAAUCCGACAUUUCUGGACUAUAUCCAGCCACGUUCCUGGACUUGCCGUUAUGUGUUUUAG